UGCCGCUGGUGACACCUGUGCCGCUGAUGUCGGUGGUGUUGUUGUCGCUGUAGGAGUCACUUGGAACUAUUGGAGUCUGCCAGUGAGCUGUCGUUGUGAACGUUCUCUUGGAGUCGUCGCUGGCUGGUCUACGACACAGCAUCGUUAACCAGAGGAAAACUUGGACUGGCUCGGCAUUAGUUGUAGCUGGAGGGAACCUUUAUCACAAAUAACUGAGGUGUAGAUUAUGAGUUUCCCUGGACCUAGUGGAAGAAUUACCUCCAGUGGCCAUCAAAGACCCAAGUAAUAGAGAGAAAAAUCCCAUUGUUUCCUGAGUUAGAAGAACCUUUAGCAUAGUUACUGAAAUGACCAGCAAGGACAGGCCUCGUACCUGACGCGUUAGUCCCUGUCGUCAAGUCCUCGGAAAUAUUAAAGUACGGAAGUAUAAAGUGUCAAGAAAAACCACAGUGCGAUCUAACUUGUGUGUUCAACCCUAACAAUACUCUGACUCUGGGUUUUGCACAACUUCAAAAUACGAAAGCUUGAUCUUAUCCUUACAUGAACUGACAGCUACGUAAACACGGGACUUUUCUGCGGUCGACAGGCAAACCGUGUUCCGGAUUCAACAUAAACAUGGCAUGUCAACACUUGGCUUCCUCCAGUUCUGCGUCUACAGCGGUCACUUGUGUAUAGCCAGUGUUUGGAGGGUUAGACUAGUGUGACGUUGCAGCUACUUGAAGAAGUUUGAAGGUACUACUACUUGGUGGGCAAUGCUGUUACUGUUACUUGAGGUGUGACGUCACUACCACAUGAGAGAGGGAGAGAGAACGAGACAGCAGUUACUUCUCCACCACUGAACCCGCCACCUUGGUAACCCUACAAGAGGUACUGUGAGGAGCCGUGUGGUCACCAUGAAGGUGCUGCUGCUGGUGAUGCUGGUGAUGGUGAUGAGUGGUGUUCCAGGGUGUGAGGCUGGCACCAAAUGGAUACCUGUGGGACCUGGGGCACCACGCAGAAGGACGACAGGUGUAGGAGGCUGUGCUCACCCAGGAGGCUUCAUGGAGCUAGGUCAGCGGGCGUACCUGCCCAGGUGUCGCCGUCUGGUGUGUAAAACAUUCGCUGGCAAACCCAUCCUUGAAGAGCAGUUUUGUGACCCCCUCCCAGAGCGCCUACCUUACCCCUGUGAGAUCAGACACUUUCCUCUUAAGCGUCACCCUGACUGCUGCCCUAGGGUCGUCUGCUUCCCCGGGGCUCCGACCCUAUCCAGGGGACCCUUAAGACCCCAGGUGAGUCCUGAGAGACGGUAUCAGCGGGUCCCCAGUCGUACUGAGACCCAGGUCAUCGCUGAUCUACAAUAUAAAUCAGGAUUUAAGAACAGGACUUAUGACAGAGUUGUUGGGUAUCCAGGGACCCGCUGGCGGUCCACACCUGAGGCGGUGACAUCCCCUUCACCUUACAUGACCACAGAGAUCAUUUACGGGAAAAGCUACUCCAAGCCUCAGUCCUCGACGGAGAGUACCAACCUACACGACGUGUAUAACAACCACCACUACCGAGACCCAACCUCGUGGGAGGACCAGGCGGCCAUAGUGCUCGAGCCUCCCAAUAACAAAAUCAGAGAGAACACUUCAACACAGGAUGAAGACACGAGAAUUGAAAUGGAAGAGGAGAUAAAACUAAGGCAAGACACUCCAGAGUACUUCGUGACCCCCGACCUGCAAGACCACCGCGCUACCCGCAACUCGACCCAGCAAACAGAAGUGUCUUACUGGCACUUCACUAAAGCCAAUAACGUCAAAACAUCACCACUUCCUUACCGGGAGCUUAGCACUUCUUUACCCAUAACCGAACUAUUUUCCACAACUCCCAGUCCUGAGGGAGAACCAGAAAAAAAAAUUACGACGAAUUCUUUCUCUUCUGGAGCAGCUUUUAGCUAUACACCAUGGAGACCUGUCGCCAAAAGAACAACUUUGUAUCCGUUCACAAUGACGAAGACCCCGACAUUCACCACACCCAUCAGUAGCUUGACGACAACUACAGACAACUACGCUUUCCCGUCCUCGUCUACAGUAUUUUCUCGGUAUUAUCCAACGAAUGGACUUGUCCCAAGCACCACGCCUGUCUACCCGAGCAUCAGAAUCAACCAGAAGACCUACGUCCGCACAAAACCAACAGAUCGGGUGAGUUUGACGACCCCAGCUUAUGAAAUUUACAAGAGAGUGACCAGACGCCCCACACAACGCUCCAGGCUUACCAAGAGGCCCGGAGUCAACAAGAUCCCCACACCUAGACCUGGCGUUGAGUUCACCAGGACCACUCCCGCCUCCUACGAGUUCGCGACACCCAAACUGAAUCCCAGUAAACACAACAUUCAUGAAUUCAUUCUCUCGCCGCUGGAUCCUUCUCAACUGAUCCCCGGCCACGACGAAUACCUGCAAGCAAAACAACAAGUGAUGAAGGAGUAUACAAGUUCACCCGAUGAAAAGUCACAUUCAAAGAAACGUAGGCGGUCUCUUCCAUACACGGAGGCGACACUGUCGUAUAAGAAGCCUGAUAAGUCUACCUCACCAACAGAGGCGCCAGAAACAGACGGCGUGAGGCAGAAGAGAGGCCGUCCAGUCUUUUAUAUUCCGUGGAGGGAAAACUUGGUGCCACUGUCCACGCCGCCAGUCUCUGACGCUCAAGAUUAUGAUGAUGAAAUUGAUGGUUCCGGGAAAUCUUUCGAGAAGAUAAAUUUCGACAAGUCAGACAUCUUUGUCACUGAAACUCCUUUGAUUAAUCAUAUAACAUCUGAAGCUUUUACGAGUAUCAGUUUUGGGUCAGCGAACACUGAGGCGCCUUAUAGUAGUGGAAAUAGCUUGUCUGUAUCAGGUAUUGAGGAUCAUAUAUAUUCCAGUCACAUAACUGAGGGAAAACUGGGAAUAAGAGACGUAAUCGAUCAGACUUUGAACCAAGAAAAUAAUGACGAAUUAUUGGCUUGGGAAGACAAGGAAACAACUACAGAAGAAUCAGUUUUAGUGACACCUGCCACUACUUACGCUACUAUAAGUCCCACCACACACUACCCCACCACCAUCCCUACACACCUGCAACAUAUUUUCACCACACAUGUGCCAGGACUGGACUCCACAGAUGACAGAGAGAUGGACGACAGCCAGGAAAGGAUUAACUCGUGGGGCGCUGAUGUAGAGGAUGAUGUAGUGUCGGGUGGGGAGGGGGUCAAGGUGCCCCUCCUCCAUGACGGUGACCCAGGCCCCUCCACACACAUCUUCACAACAUCUGCUCCCUCUGCACUUGACGCUCAGGAACAGCGGGGCAAAUUAACCUGGUCACCUCCACCAUUCAGACCAAGUGCUGAGGUGAGGGAGAUCAACAUACCGAUGCCGGAUUAUGGAAGCUUCUACGAUAAAGAUUAUUUGGGAAUUUUACUUUAUGAAUCAAGGAGACAAGAUGUUGAUUCUCUAAAUUCAGCGUCGACGAAGGUAAAGACACAUAAGGAAAAUUCAGGUGCAAAGGACGAGGUAAAGGAGAUAGUAGGAUCUCCAACACCAUUACCAGACUACCAGCCCGAGUUGGUGGCUGAAGGAAGGGAAGAACCCAGUACAAGCGAUAAACCGAUGAUGGUAGACACAAAACACGAUGGAGUGAGGAAACAAAGUCAGUCAAAAAUAGUCGAGAAGGAAAUCAUGACUGAAUACCACCCAGGAAAGCUACCGAGCGGCACCUCAAAUAACUCCUUCCCUACAGACUCAUUCUCAUACAUCAACACCUCCCGCACUGUUGAGAAAGUUGAGGACUCUUACUACGAGGUGGAGACUUACCAAGAUGACUCUGACAUUCCCGACGAAAUGAUGUUUGAAGAAAUCAAAGACUCCAUCAACAGACAUACUAUAGGACCUGAACUUAUACCUCAAGUUCGUCACCAGCAGGAGUCACCAGACACUAUACUUCACCAUUCCCCAGACUCUGCCUCGGAACAAAUGGAAGUUUCUCGUCCUGCACACAGCCCAGGUCCAGUGAUCACUCGCCCGACAUACACACCCACACACAUACAGACAGUGCCACCGACAGUUAAAAAUUGGUAUAACGCAGAUUAUGAUGAUUUUCCACAAGAGGAUUGGUCAAACGACCCAAACUUUGGUCCAAUAUUCCCACGUGACGACUUUGAUGAUGAUGAUGAGGAGGAGGAGGAGGAGGAGGAUGGCGAAGAGGAGGAAUAUUCACAUCCAUCUAAACUUCAGCCCAAACUGAAGUUAUCUGAGGAAAGUGAUGAAGACAACCAGAACAGAGAAGUUACCUCCCCUUCUUUCUCUGAUAUUGUCAUCACUUCUACUCGACCAUCAUCUUCUUGGCUUCAUCCAAUUCCAUUAAAGGAAAAAAUAAAAGUAGAGCAGCCACUUACAACCAAUAAACCUCUAGUUAGACGGCUUCCACUGGUGUCUUCACGAACCUCCCUAACAGUGGCCAGAACAGAACCCCAGACCAGUCCACUGCCAGACACAACGACGUCUGCUACUAUAGAGACGACAACACCCAACACCCAGAUCAAGAUAUCGUCCAGAUACAGCACAACAACACAACCCUCCACGCAGCUCCUCCCUCAGGGUGGCCCAUCAACCUCUGCGGAUCCCUGGUUCACACACAAUGGCACACGAAUGUCAGUAAGAACUCGUGCACCAGAGAGAAGAUUUGUGAGUUCUCGAUUUAAUCCACUGAACAGAGCGUCUCCUCCUGAAAAACAGCCCUCAGGGGAUGUAGUUCUUGGUUCUCAAGAGGUCCAGGAAAGAAGGAAGUUCAGAGAUCGACUCCCACCAGGAGCCUUCAGUCGCAAGAGGAUCACUCCUCGUCUGAAACUCUCUCGAGUUAGACAGCUUAGUUCUCAGAAACGCCGGCUGUCGAGUGUGUUAAGCCGUGAGGAACCUUCAGAAGAAUCAGGAACUCAAUCCAGCACUGAGUCUCUGAAAGCAACUGAAAGGUCACAGCCAGUUCCCGAGCUGCCACAAGCCUCCAGUAAGCCCCGCCGGGUGACGAGCUUCAUGUACAAGUCAAUGAUACACCAGCCACCGGGGCGAGAGAGACCAAAUCUUAAAGAGUCAGACACUUAUAAACCUCAUGUACAUUUUCAUACCAGACCUUCAACCCGUGACGAGCCUGCGUCCUCCGGAGAAGCUCCAGUGUCUGUCAGCAACGCUCCUGUCUCCUCCAGGGGGCCUCCAGUGUCUGUCAGCAACGCUCCUGUCUCCUCUAGGGGGCCUCCAGUAUCUGUCAGCAACGCUCCUGUCUCCUCCAGGGGGCCUCCAGUAUCUGUCAGCAACGCUCCUGUCUCCUCCAGGGGGCCUCCAGUGUCUGUCAGCAACGCCCCUGUCUCCUCCAGGGGACCUCCAGUGUCUGUCAGCAACGCUCCUGUCUCCUCCAGGGGACCUCCAGUGUCUGUCAACAACGCCCCUGUCUCCUCCAGGGGGCCUCCACUGUCUGUCAGCAACGCUCCUGUCUCCUCCAGGGGGCCUCCAGCUUCCACUAAUAAGACCCCAGUGUCUCCCAGUGAACCGUCAGUCUCCGCGACACCUUCUUCAAGCAGUAAUUCUGAUCUGGUCUACCAGUCAGCCUGGGAACCCCUCCGAGAAUAAUGAUACCAGAGGCGCAUGUGGGUGUUGUGCUGCGCUAUAGGCUAAUGUUAUCAUACUAGAUCGAAGGUGUAUUUAUAUUUCGUAAACAAACAAGCUUGCUUGCUUCACUUUUAACCUCUAGUUGUUGUUGUCGUGUUCUUCUCUCACAUGUACAGUAUUAUAUAAAAGUAAGAAAGAAUACAAGUGUUGGUGAUGAUGAUCAAAUACUUACCAUCUACUUCUUCCUCAACACUACACAUUCUUCCUCCUUUAUUAUUGAAACUUUUCAUCCUCAUUUUUGUUGUAGAAGCAGAGGAAGGACUACACGAGGUCUUCUUGUCAGCUGCUUUAUGGUGGUUAUUACGUGAAAUACUUUAACUCAUUACACACACACACACACACACGUUUGUUGUGGUAGAGCCUCGCGUCUUGGCUAUCAGUACUUUUGGCAUUAUUGAGUUUACUAUAUCAUUAAAGCACGUAGUGAAAUAUUGUCAUGCACUAACUUCCAAAUAAUUUUAAGUUUGUUAUUUAUUAUUGCUCUAAACAAUACCUUAAUUUUUGUUUGUUGUAUUGAAAGUGGAAGAUACCUUUUUUUUUUAGGGUGGGACAGACAGUUGUGUGUCUGUUUCUUCAGCUUCCUGUAGUCUGUAUGAAGGUCCAUGAGGGAUAAAGGUGAUACAUAUACCAAUUUAGUCUGCAUGGCUCACUAGACUCUCAGGCGUUGACGAUAAACUUCCCUAAUGUGGUGAGUGCGGCCUCGGGGUACACAGGUCCAGCCAGCCACUACACUAAAUUAUGACCCUGAUAACCGCGACCAAAAAACAAGAGAAAAUGGUCGGUAGAGAAGAUUAUAUAUAUUUUUUAUUACUUAACAUAUUAAAGUUUACAUCUUGUGUGUAUUUGUAUAUGAAUAAAUAAUACUUAGA